AAAAGGGGAGAAAGGAAGCGCCGUCGUUGCUUGGGUCUUGUAGCCAUCGCCGCCGUUCUUGUUUUCGUCGUGGGAUUGUGCGCCACCGUUGGAUUGUCAGCCUGCCUCUUCUAUUUGCGAGCAUUACAAUCUCGUAUUUGCUAUAAUGGAUCCACAUAACCUUCCAUUUGAAGUUGGACAACUAGUUGAGACAAGAUCUUUUUUACAUGGUUAUCGUGGUGCAUGGUUUAGAUGCAAGAUCAAGGAAAUUGGUCGGAAGAACAAGGAACUUGGACAUGCCUUGGAAUAUGUUGAUUUUCCUGAUGAAAAAAUACGUUGGACAAAGUUAUAUCAGUGUAGUAAAUCUAAGGAUAAAAAGCGAACCUUGAUGGUGCGACCUCGCUUUCCUUUUGUUUACCGUGAACAUCAGAUGCUUGAUGUCAAUAUCAUCUCAGAGACUGUUGUUAUAGUCAAUGAUGUUUGGAAGGUGGGUGAUUUGGUAGAUUGGUGGACUGACAAUUGCUUUUGGACGGGAAGGAUAACUGAAAAGUUGGAUGAUGAAAAUGUUAAGGUUGAGUUGCUACCACCUCCCGAGGGUGAAGGGUCUUUAUAUGACGCUUCUUGCAAAGAUUUGCGUCCAUCAUUGGAAUGGUCUGUGGAUAAGGGCUGGAAGUUUCCCAAGGGGAAUAAAUGUGGCCAUUUUUGCGCUCGAAUAGUCAAGCCUCUUAAUCAAGGGAGUUCUGCAAACGUGAUAGAUCGCAUUGUUAGUGAGAAGGAAAAUGAUGUUCAUUCAACAACAGAUGCAUCAAUCAAGCCUGAGGUUUCUUUAUCUUCUCGUAUUUCAGCUGGUCCUUUACAUUUUCCAUAUAAACAACAAUUGGCAAAGAAAUCCUUGAAUGAAAAACAAAAAAACACCGCAGAAACAAUCGUAGGCCUCAAUAUAGUGGAUCAUGUCCCUGAAAAGAGAAAUUACUUGGAUGGAGUUUCAAGUUUACAUAUUCAAGAUACCUCAAAACAGAUGUUGGGAAUGGCAGACAAAUUUAGUGACAAAGGAUUAAAGAAGAUGAAAAUUGAUGAAAGUGUUUGCUUGAAUUCCACAUACUCUGAUACAAUAGAGGCUGCAGUUUUGGAUUUGGAGGAACUUAUUUGUCGGGUUAAAUGGCUUCAACGCAUCUUAGAUUUUGGAACACCAUCACCAGAUGCUUCAACGUCUUCUUGGAAGUUCAUAGAACACCGUUCAUCAUCUAUACCAAAAUGA